AUGGUGGCGGAGGCGGUGGCCGGCUGGCUGGUGUGCCCGAGCAUCAAGCUCGUCCUCGACAAGGCCAAGUCCUUCGCCGACGAGAGGUCCGGCUGGCUGCUGGGCGGAGGCAUCCGGGAGGCGCUCGAUCAGCUGGCCGGCAAGCUGGUCCAUCUCCGCGGCGUGGCGGCCACCGUGGAGCGGCACGGCUCCAGGGAGAACGGGGAGCAUCAGCAAUGGCUUCAGCAGCUCAAGGACGCCGUCUUCGAGGCGGACGACGUCCUCGACGACUUCCUGUACCAGCAGCAGCAGGAGGCCACCGGGGCCUCCUCACCAUAUCUCGUCAAGUUCGCCAAGCGGGUCUUCGGCUCCGACGAGUCGCUCAACAGGCUCAAGCUGAUGGCCGCGUCUUCGGCUCGCUGCUCGAGGACGACGAGGUGA